ACGAUUUUCUAAGAAAGCCUGAGCGUCAUAAAAUUUUCAAUAACCUAAAUAUCCCUUUUUCUUUCUUUCAUAUAUUAUCAAUCGCUUGCUUCUUUCUCUUCUUUUUUACUCACAAUUUACAACUCUAUUGUUAGUACCUUGAGAGAAACACAAAAACAGAUGGAGUGUAUCAUGACGAUCUUGCAGAUUUGCUGCAGAUGGUUAACAUUUUCUUCUCCGUCAUCUGCUGCUGCUGGAGAUGAUGAUGAUGAUGGUAUUGUAGCUAAUAUCCCCCCUCGUCGGGAAAAGUAUGAUGUGUUUAUCAGUUUCAGAGGUGAGGACACCCGCCGUGGUAUUACCAGCCAUCUUCAUGCUGCCUUACUUCAGAAGAAAAUUGAAACCUACAUAGAUUACAGACUUCAGAAAGGAGAAGAAAUCGGACCUGCCCUUCUAGAGGCAAUCGAGAAAUCCACGCAUUCGGUGAUCAUUUUCUCACAAAACUAUGCUUCUUCCACAUGGUGUUUGGAUGAGCUUGUGCAUACACUCGAAUGCAAGGAAAGAUAUGGCCAGAAGGUUAUACCCGUAUUCUAUGACAUCAAUCCAUCUGAUGUACGAAAACAACACGGGAGUUAUGCGGAUGCAUUUGCUCAACUUGAAAAACGUUUCAAGGACAGUAUUGAUACGGUGCACAAGUGGAGGGUUGCUUUGAAGGCUGCAGCCGAUCUGUCUGGGUUUGAUUAUUCAAACAAUCACGGGACGGAGGCAGAUCUAAUUAAGAAUGUUGUCGAUCAAAUUUGGACAAACUUGAAUUAUGAAUCAUCAUGUGAUUUAGAUGGCCUGGUUGGAAUUGAAAGCCGCAUUCAGCAAAUUGAACUGCGACUGGGCAUUGACUCAAAGGACGCUUGCAUCACUAUAGGUAUUUGGGGCAUGGGUGGUAUUGGCAAGACCACCCUUGCUGAAACUGUAUUUCACAAACUCUCUUCUAAAUUCGAAGCUUCUUGUUUUCUUAAAAAUGUCAGGGAGAAAUCAGAACAACCAGAUGGGCUAGAUUGCUUGCAAAAGAAACUUCUAAGUGACAUUUUCAAGGGAGAAAGUAUAUCCAUAGAAUCAACUAUUGUUCGAAGGAGGCUUAGCCGCACAAAGGUCCUCAUUGUUAUUGAUGAUGUGAGUAGUCCACUGCAAAUGCAACGUUUAGCUGGUGAUCUUCAACGGUAUGGCACUGGAAGUAGAAUCAUUAUCACAAGUAGAGAUAAGGACACACUUAAACAAAUUGUUGAAGAGGAGAAUAUCUACGAAGUUAAGGUAUUAAAAUCAAAUGACGCUCUUCAGCUCUUCUGUUUGCAUGCUUUCAAGAAUAACACUACUCGUAGAACAUAUUAUGAGGAGUUGUCAAAAAAGAUCGUGGAUUAUGCCAGAGGCGUUCCCUUAGAUCUUAUAGUUCUGGGGUCCUUGUUCUUCAAUUGCCAGAGCAAAGAAGACUGGGAAGAUGAAUUCAACAAAUUGAAACGAUUUCCUAGACAAGAUAUCCAGAAAGUGUUGAGAAUAAGUUACAAUAGAUUGGAAGAAAAUGAGAAGCAGAUAUUUCUGGAUAUAGCAUGUUUUCAUAAAGGGAAGAAAGUGAAUGAGGUAGAACGAAUGUUACAUGUUCGUGGAUUCUUUGCGAUAUCGGGAAUUAGAAAUCUCUGUGAUAGGUCUCUCAUAUCAAUUUAUUCAGACAAAUGGGAAAGGAAAGUCAUAAAGAUGCACGAUUCGCUACAAGAAAUGGGAAGGACAAUUGUUCAGGAACAAUGUAUUGAAGAUCCUGGUAAACGGAGUAGGUUGUUCACGAAUGAGGAAAUCUAUCGUGUACUGAAUGGUAACAUGGAAAGUCCAAUUGUUGAAGCCCUAUUCCUUAAAUGGCAUAAGAGUGAAGAGCGACGACCAUGGAACUUCAAACUGAUGUCAAACCUGAGAAUGCUAUUUGUGCAUCCUUUUCCUAUAUUUGACAUCAUAUCCACCGCUCCUGUAGAACUUCCUGCUUCUGUAGACCUUCCCGAUUCUCUUCGCUACCUUGACUGGUUAGGAUAUCCAAUGGAAUCUUUGCCGUCAAAAUUCUCGCCGGAAAAUCUAGUUGAGCUUCAUAUGCCAUGGAGCCGAGUUAAGAAGCUCUGGAAAGAUGACCAGAGACUUGUCAACUUACAAGUGCUCGAUCUGCAUGGCUCUAUAGAUCUAACUGAAGUUCCAAAUCUCUCUGGGAGUCUAAAAAUUGUGGACAUACAUCUCUCUGGCUGUGGAAGUUUGGUUGAAAUUCCAAAGAUGCCAGGAAAUAUUAAAUACUUGGAUUUAUCUUACACUGGUAUAAAGGAGUUGCCCCAAUCAGUUUGGUCUCACGAAAAAAUUUCUCACUUGAAUAUAAGUCAUUGCGGAGACCUUGAGAAACUUCCAAGCAACAUGUGUAAGCUGAAAGUCUCUGGUUCUUUUAAUCUAGAUGGCUGCACAUCUCUUGCCGAGUUUUCUGAGCUUCCGAGGGAUAUAACUAAAUUAUCAUUGAUUGAUUGCAAGAGACUUGUGAGUCUACCAACCAGCAUUUGUAAGUUGAAAUAUCUCAAGGAACUCAAUCUCUCCGGCUGCUCUAAACUUGAAAACUUUCCAAAGAUCUUGGAGCCAAUGGAACAUUUGGAGUCUUUAAAUUUAAGUGGAACAACGGUUCAAGAGCUACACUCAGCAAUCGAGUUUCUCCAUGCUCUCAAAAUACUUGAUCUACAUGGUUGCGAAAGGCUUUCAAGCAUUCCAAAGAGCAUUUGUAAGUUGAAAUAUCUCGAGAAACUCGAUCUCUCUUGGUGCCCCAAACUUGAAAACUUCCCAAAGAUCUUGGAGCCAAUGGAACAUUUGGAGUCUUUAAAUUUAAGUGGAACAACGGUUCAAGAGCUACACUCAUCAAUCGAGUUUCUCCAUGCUCUAAAAAUACUUGAUCUACAUUGUUGCGAAAGGCUUUCAAGUAUUCCAAAGAGCAUUUGUAAGUUGAAAUAUCUCGAGAAACUUGGUCUCUCUUGGUGCCCCAAACUUGAAAACUUUCCAAAGAUCUUGGAGCCAAUGGAACAUUUGGAGUCUUUAAAUUUAAGUGAAACAACGGUUCAAGACCUACACUCAUCAAUCGAGUUUCUCCAUGCUCUCAAAAUACUUGAUCUACAUGGUUGCAAAAGGCUUUCAAGCAUUCCAAAGAGCAUUUGUAAGUUGAAAUAUCUCGAGGAACUCGAUCUCUCUAGGUGCCCCAAACUUGAAAACUUCCCAGAGAUCUUGGAGCCAAUGGAACAUUUGAAGUCUUUAAAUUUAAGUGGAACAACGGUUCAAGAGCUACACUCAUCAAUCGAAUUUCUCCAUGCUCUCAAAAUACUUGAUCUACAUCAUUGCGAAGGGCUUUCAAGUAUUCCAAAGAGCAUUUGUAAGUUGAAAUAUCUCGAGGAACUCGAUCUCUCUUGGUGCCCCAAACUUGAAAACUUCCCAGAGAUCUUGGAGCCAAUGGAACAUUUGAAGUCUUUAUAUUUAAGUGGAACAACGGUUCAAGAGCUACACUCAUCAAUCGAAUUUCUCCAUGCUCUCAAAAUACUUGAUCUACAUCGUUGCGAAGGGCUUUCAAGUGUUCCAAAGAGCAUUUGUAAGUUGAAAUAUCUCGAGGAACUCGAUCUCUCUUGGUGCCCCAAACUUGAAAACUUCCUAGAGAUCUUGGAGCCAAUGGAACAUUUGGAGUCUUUAAAUUUAUGGGGAACAGCGGUCACUGCUCCAGCGUGAAACGCGUUUCUCCCCGUGCUCCAAUAUAUUUCAUGUUCUUCCAGCGAAGGAAAAGAUUUCGGUUAAGUAGAACAUUGGUUGAACAGCUGUCAAAAAUCCCUUUUUAAAACCACUAAGAUGUAAACAAGAUCAUAAAGUUAAAGGGUAGGGCAACUUAUAGCUUCCAAAAGUCAUGUUCAUGGUCAUACCAUAUAGGCUCAUAACUGUAACCAUGGACAGUGUUCAUGCCUGCACUAUCAGCUCGAAAUGUCAUAUGCAAUAACGACAUUUCUCUUUCAAGAUAAUGUGGCAUGAUGGAUGGGUAAUCAUUCUAUCAAUCAAGAUUGCACAUUCACACAUGACUCAAUUUAAUUGUAUUUAUGGAUGUUUGUAUGUCAAUUGGCCAGCAAAAAAUUACACCCAAUUACAAAUAAAA